AUGAAUGGGUAUGUUCCUGAAGGCUACCAGCUGGUUUGGAAUGAUGAGUUUUCAAGCGGUUCUGAACUGAAUCCCAAUGAUUGGAAACAUAAAGUCACGCCCUCUGGAUGGGUAAACAAAGAACUGCAAAAUUAUGUCAAUGGAGAAUACAAUGGCAAACGGGUUACCGAGAUUAAGGACGGAAUGUUGCAUGUUACAGCCUUUGAAGAUAACAAUAAAGUAUAUUCAGCCAGAGUAUCUGCCCAUCGUGAGCAAGGAUGGCUAUAUGGAUAUUUCGAAUCGCGAAUAAAACUUCCAAAAGGUAAAGGCACAUGGCCAGCAUUUUGGAUGAUGCCAUCUAACAAUGACUAUAAAACCAAUCCAUGGCCCAAAUGUGGAGAAAUAGACAUUAUGAAAGAGGUAGGUGUUUGUCCCAACGAAGUUGUGUCAUCUAUUCAUUGUCAGGCACAUAAUCAUUGUAAUCGUACUCAGAUAAGUAUGAGAAAAAAACAUUAA